UCGUCGCAGGAGGGUGUGUCGGGUAAUUGUUUGCGAGUUGGAAUGUUAGGUGUGAGUUUGUACAGUUUUAGCUAACUUUUGUAUUACACAUAGUUCUGCGAGUCAAGAUGGAGCGUUGACCUUCACUACUUCCUUCUGUUGGAAUUUAUUCACGAAAUUUCAGGAUGGCAGACCUGAUAAUACUGUUGGCACUGCUGGUAUCAGCUGUUUCAACAAUAUCCACUGGUCACUUCAAUUGUGCCAACUUGUCAUCAUCUGCCAGCCCAUGCAGUUGCUCCAACCAGUCUCCGACACAGUUUGAAAUCUUCUGCCCUCAGCUGGAUCCCAAGCUCGCUCUACAGAUUGAUCUCAAUUCAUCCCCAAGUGUACAGCUCCAAUGUACAACAACCAACGACCCAGAUUUCUCAAUCUUACCGAGUCUUCAGAUUGGCGAUGUGGACAACUUCUACCUCCGUCAUUGCCCUAAACUACCAAACAUCUCUAUUAGUGAAUUGAUGUCCAGCUUCGGAAUCAAGAGAAUCAAAAAUCUUCAAAUUCAAUCCUAUAAUAGCUAUAACAACACACUGAAGAAAAAGCACAUGGAAAAGCUUAACUACGUGACGAAUCUGAGUUUAGGCAAUAACGGACUCACUUCUUUGCCAGGCGACAUAUUUGAAGACAUGGGGAAUCUUACUUUUCUAGAUAUGAAGUUCAAUUACGUUGACUUGCCUAAAGAAAUAUUUUACUUUACACCGAAACUGGAAGUACUGGAACUCGGAGGCAACAACUUGACGUAUUUGCCGCCGGGAAUUUUCAAGAAUUUGGAUCGUUUGAGACUCUUGAAUCUGUGGUUAAACAGGCUCAAUAACCUUACCAGGCCUGUUUUCUCAGGUGUGCCGAAUCUCGAGACUCUAGAUUUAAAUUCAAACCAGAUGGAAACCAUCAGGCCGGAUCUCUUUUCCGAUUUGCUUAAACUGACACAUCUGAAUUUGUAUGGCAACGCAUUCAUUAGUUUGCCUCAAGGGCUAUUGUCAAGGAACACCGAAUUGAAAGAGUUUCAAAUGCAUGAAAAUAAAAGACCAAUUCACUUACCUCCGGGAUUUUUGGCGAACCUCACAAAGAUCAAGACAGUCAGACUGAGCGGAUCCAAGAUUACAUCUUUACCUGAAGACAUGUUCUCUGGAUCCAUCAACGUAGUGGAUUUGCACUUGAAUCGCAAUUUGCUCACCACAUUACCUGAUAAGAUUUUUCUAGAUUUGGAAAAUCUUGAAUAUCUUGAUCUAAGUCAAAAUAAAAUCACAAGUUUACCAGGAGGACUAUUCAGUAGAACCGGUAGACUGAAAACAUUGAAGCUGUAUUACAAUCAGAUAGCGGAUUUACCAUCAAAUCUUUUCCUCCAACUGAAAAACCUGGAGUUUCUGGACCUGAGGUUCAACAAACUGAGGGACAUUCGAGGGGAUCAGUUCAAGACUCUGGACAAGCUGAGGUCUCUGAACAUUUCCGACAAUCAGUUGACGACUCUAGCGCAGACUUUGCAGCUUGAUGACUAUGGGACGUACUCGGUGUUGGACAACUGCAAACAACUGGAGCAUCUCCAGCUGGCCAAUAACUCCCUGACAGAGAUCUACGGAGACUGGAGACUGCUCUUUACCAACUUGAAAACUCUCAACUUGUCCUUCAACCGCUUCCAGAAAGUUACGAUCUCAGAGUUGGACUUUCUCAGCAACGAGGUGAUGAUAGAUCUUUCCAACAACAAGAUCUCUCUGGUGAACUUCUGGGAGUUCCUACUGGUGGCUAACAAUCACCUUCAGAACUACACCACAUCCUUUGAGCGAGACAGGGUCAAACAGCAUAAAGUCAAGCUCGACAACAAUCCUUUCAACUGCAACUGCCUUCUUCUGCCUUUUGUUCAAUUUUUGCAAAACGGGCUUUCCCCCGAAAUUCAGUAUCUUUUCAAUAUUCCCUCCCAAAAUUUGAAGUGCUUUGAACCCAUGACGUUGGAGAAGCAACCUCUAGCUUUCGUUCCUCAGGACAGGCUGAUGUGUGAAUUGAAAACACUCGGCUCUUCUCUUACUUGUCCUGCCAAUUGUAGUUGCCUUUACAGACCUCUAGAUAGAGGCAAUGUUUUCAAUUGUGAGCACCAAGGAUUGACAAACCUCCCAAUUUCACUACCUCUGAUUCCCAACACUGACCAUUCUGAACUGAACUUGGAAGGCAACCAGUUGCACAGUUUCAAACUGCCGAACGGAAGAGGCUAUGAGAAUCUGACACACCUGUAUUUGGCUCAUAACAAUCUCACAGAGUUCAACAUGACUGGAAUUUCUCCAAGAAUUAAGGUGUUGGACCUGAGCAACAACAACUUGACUGGACUAGCCUCAGAGACAAUCACACAGCUAGAGUCAGCUCCAGAACUGAUGUAUUUGUCAUUGCACAACAACCCUUGGACAUGCGACUGUGAUGCUUUGCCUUUCAUACAACUAGUCAAGAAAAGCUAUAAAAAGGUAAGCUACAACGUAACCUGCGCAGAUGGACGUUCAGUAGAUAAAGUGCUUGAAAGCGAGCUGUGUACUGAGAAAGCAAGCUUGAUCAUCUUUGGUUGCAUUCUUGUUGCAAUUUUAUGCUUUGUUGUCGCACUGGUAACCACACUUUACUACCGUUACCGAACAGAAAUUCACGUUUACUGUUACUCGAGCGAAUGGAAGGCACUUCAGUGGCUGGUGUCCAAUCCGGACUAUGACAAAAACAAGAAGUACGACGCUUUUGUCAGCUACGCCAACGAAGACCAUGAUUUUGUUGUCCAGAAGCUAGUUCCUUUCUUGGAAGGCGAGAAGAGUUUUAAACUGUGUUUACACUACAGAGACUGGGUUCCCGGCGAUGGCAUCCAAGAACAAAUUUUGAAAUCGGUUCAAAGCUCUCGGAGGACUAUUGUCGUGCUGUCUCCGAACUUCUUGAACAGUGUGUGGGGAACUGUCGAGUUCAAAACGGCUCACGCUGAAGCAUUGGAGAGUGGAACUUCUAAAGUCAUCGUAAUCGUUUACGAGGACGUAGGUUCAUCUGCCGAUCUAGACGAGGGCCUCAAGGCUUACCUUCAGAUGAACACCUACCUCAAGUGGGAAACUCCGUGGUUUUGGAAACAGCUGGUUUACGCCCUCCCCCACCCUCCAGAGAAGGGUGAAGAUCUGAAGUCCAUCUUCGGGCGUCUCCCGAAAAUCAGUAGUGACUCUAGGAAUCACGAAGUUUUGAAAAAUGUGCAGCUAAAGAACGGUGAAGUGCAUUACAUAACCGAGUCGUCUGAGAAGGUGAAUGGGAAAGAAGGGCUUACUUCUCCAGCUAAUAACACUACUUUGAUGAUUGAAUCUAUGAUAGAAGAAACUAAACCUAAAAAAACCUCUCCAGAGAAGCAGAACGGAGCUGCAAUGGUAGCUAUGUAACCUAAACAACGACCUGGUAAAAUUUGAAUAGCUUUAGAAAUACGAGAACUUUUAAUGUCAUGACUUCCACGCAUCAGAAUCUUCAUUUUUUUAAGAUUAUAAAGAAACUGUGUAAGUGUUUUGAGAAUGAAUGUAAUGGAAAACCAAAGAGCAUUCUUAUCAUGUGGAGGAAUCUGAGGUUUUAUUACUUUGAACUUUAAAAAUAAAAUGUGAUCUAGUUUUGGUUUUACUUUGAUCUGUGCUAACCACUUUUGAAUGAUGCAGUUCAUUGUUCGAUAUCACGUUUAUCGGUGAGUCAUGAAAAUACAACUUUUUUAGACUCAAAUUUCAAGAUUCUUAGAUUUAUAUUUUGUGAGGCCAGAGCUUUACUAGACUGUCAAAAAUCUAAGAUAACCUGAUGAUCUGAGAGAUGUAUAUCUCCCUAAUUGUAAAUAUUGUAAAUAAUGUAGAUACUGUGUAAAUACUAAGUAUUGUAAGUCAUAAAGCAGCCAUUGUAACAGGCAAUUCUCAUUAAUCGAUAGGAUUUUACUCAUGUACCCAUUAUUGUGCCAAUUGUUUUAAAUCAUUCCACUAACUAAUAAAUUGUAAAAUUAAGUGGUGUUUUUAACCAAAUACGCAAUCUCAUUUGUAUCAAGAAGUAAUAUCUGUUUAAAGAUCUUUAUUACAGCUGUUUGGAAGAUGUUUAAUUUUUAAACGAAAUACCCUAGUAGUUGUACAAAAAAUUUUUCCAAGUCUAUUUUUUGCUACACUACUGUGAAAUCACCUGUUUUCGUUAUAUAUUUUUAUCGCCAUCAAAAAUUCAUCAUUAUAUUGUUUAACUUACUUUGCAAAAAAAUGUUUAAAAUCUUGUUUAAUUUUCCGGACAUUACAAACAUUUUUUAUUGUUCCAUCAACUGAAAUGGACGUGGGAACACGGUUUUAAAUAGUAUACUUAACCUAAAAAAAAUCCUAACUGUAAUAAAUAAAUAUUCCAAUGUCUGUUUUAAAUUUAAAAAAUAAUUAGUUAUUGUAGUGUAGCGAAACAACAUGAGUUCAAAACAUGAGUGAAAGAGUGUCAUUACAUAUUUGAGACCAUUAUGUUUGAAGUGCAAGAUCGAGCACUUUAAACAUUUAAUGACUCACUUUCUACUCUUCUUAUAAAAUAUACUAUUACAGUAGGCCGUGUAUAACAAUGCUAUAAGUCAUUUUGAACUAAGUUACCACCAUGCUAUGUCAACUUAUAAAACAAUCUAAAGAUCUUUUUUUUACUUCUGCAAUUGCUCAACCAACCAAUGGCAUAACCUAAUUAAUUAAACAUAGACAAUGUAGUAGAUAUCUAGAAUAAAUUAACAUACUGAACUAUGUCAUCAAUGUAGUCAUAAAAACUGAGAAAAAGGUACCUCUUUUGUUGUUGAAGUUCAUAAUCUAUAACUCAAAAUACAGAACUAUAUUUAGCACCUAUAAAUUUUUUCAUUGACUACUGAAUCGAUUAAGUUUGUUUCUGCAGUUUCGUAUUCAAUUUUAGUUUUAACUCUUAUUGCAAUUGUAAUUGUAUUGUUUUCUCGAUAAUUGGCAAAUCUUAAACUUAAAUUUUAGCUUUCUUCCAUUUUUGUUUCUGAUACAAAUUAUACAUUGAACUCUAUAAAUAUCUAAAAAAAAAAUAUAUGAAUGUAUAAUUUAGUUAUUUCACUUUGUAUUUUUAUUCUGUAAAUCCAGAUAAGAAUGUCUGAUAUCUGAGUAAUCUUUACGUCUAAUGCGUACAUUACUCUUAGUAGAAUAUUUAUUUUUUAUUGCUAUUUUUUUUACAAAAAUAUGUUUUGUGUAAAUACUCUUAGCAUUUUCUGCCCAGAAUUUCAGUAAAUUGUAUUGUGUGUAGUGUUUUUAUGUACCAAAACUCAAAAUAUUUUGCUGUGUGAUUUAAUUUUGAUCUGUAUGUCAUAACUUCUCAAUUUGUGUUAGUAGUUACGCUUUUAACAUGUUUUAGAGUGUGAUAAAUAUUUGUCAAUUAGACUCUCAGGGCUAAGUUUAGUGACUUUGCCCCUUAUUGACUUAGUUUUAUCUCUGAACGCAGAGACAGUGAUAGUAUAACAAGGUUUAUCUAUACAUUUGUAAAAGUUCGUUUAAGCUAAGUGUAAAUUCAAACUUUGGUCAGAUUAAUUUGUUAAGACUGAUAGUUUUAAGCGCCAAACAUAAUGUAUUUUGUACUAAUUUUUGUAUGCAGGUGAAUACAAUAUUUUGAACAAGA